GAAGCUUAUUUUGGAGGCGGAGUCUUCUCCCUCUUCUCUCCCUUCUCCGCUUCGAAGCCGAGUAGAUCUUCAUCUUCUUGCUUCCGAGAGAGGAGGAUGGUGAAGGAGGGCGAAACCCUGGCCGAAGGCGUCGUGCCGUAGGGGUAGAUUCCGGCAGGAGGAGCUGCCAUUCUUCGGAUCUGGACCUCGCGAGGGUCCGAGACGCCGGAGACGGCUCGGGAGGACGGAUCCCGCCGCCCGACGACCAUCGGACGGUGAUCUCUGCUGGGAUUUGUUGGGGGUUGGGGGUUGGGCGAGGAAGGGCGAGGAUGUACAAGAACCAGCUGCAGGAGUUGGCGCAGCGAAGCUGCUUCAACCUGCCGUCGUACACGUGCGUACGGGAGGGGCCGGAUCACGCGCCUAGGUUCAAGGCAGCGGUGAACUUCAACGGCGAGGUGUUCGAGAGCCCGAGCUUCUGCACCACGCUGCGGCAGGCGGAGCAUUCGGCGGCCGAGGUGGCUCUCGGCGCCCUCUCGCAGCGCGGGCCCUCUCACUCCCUCGCCGCCCGCAUCCUGGAUGAGACAGGGGUUUAUAAGAAUCUCCUGCAGGAAAUUGCCCAGAGAGUUGGGGCACCAUUGCCAUCAUAUACAACAAUCCGUUCGGGACUUGGACACCUACCUGUCUUCACAUGCACGGUGGAACUUGCUGGAAUCACAUUUACAGGCGAACCAGCUAAGAACAAGAAGCAGGCAGAAAAAAAUGCUGCUUUGGCAGCAUGGUCAUCAUUGAAAAUACUGGCAAAGGAAGCAGCAAACCUGUCGACCGAACAGGAGAACAAUGACGAGCAGGAGCAGAUCACCAUUGCUCGAGCCCUCCUCAACUACUGCCUGAAGGAAAAGAUGGCUAUGGCAAACAACCCCCAUGCAACUCAUUUCCCCAGGAGGUUCCCGAUUCAGCUGGAUAAAAGACCAGCUUCGGUGCAACCUCCUCCAUCGGUAUCAAAGAUCCUACCUCUUAUCCAACAAAAGUCUUCUCCAAGAGUUCGUGCAACCUCCCCCAGAAUAAACAAUUCAACUCAUGUGUCAUCCUAUCAGCAGGCAGAGAACCAGACUGUUCGGCCCCAGAAGUUCCCUGCUGCCGGAGCAGCACCAUAUUUUCCAGUUAGACACUUCAAUGGGCCUUGCCAUGGCAUGGCACCCCCUGUGACAGUAAGGACAGCAGUUCCAGUCUUUUCUGUUCCCCCACUGCCACCACCAGCAGCUCAGUUACGGCAGCUGUCUUCCGCUAUUGGUCAUACACCAAUCCGCAUGGCAUCUCCAGUCCGCAUCAGACAAUCUGUGCCAGUUUUUGCUGCUCCACCAUCAGUUCCAAGACAGAUGACUCCGAUGAUCCCAGCUCAAGUGAAGGAACCAUUAUUAGUUGUGUCAUCCUCUCCGUCAGUGUUUUCCUCUGCAUCCAUCAAGGAAUCUGCUCCAGUUACUGCACCAGCUGUUCCUGUGCAAAUAAAGGAAUCAGUACCAGUUGCCACAACAUCCCCAUCAGUAAAGGAAAUGUCACCAGUCAUUGCGCCUGCUAUUCAAGUUCAGGUAAAAGAAACAUUGCCCUCGGUUGAUGUCCAGGAAUCUUCAGUCGUGCCCAUGGCCUGCGCUCCACCGAAGCCUUCAAUUCAGAUAGAGGAAACUGUGGCUGGUGAUGUCACAAAGGAUCUGGAAGAGUCUGAAUGUACAGUGACGGAUAGCUUGAAACGACUAGAAAUCUGAUGAUGCAAGAGCUCCAAGGAUCCUUCAAGACCUUUCAUCCUUUUCAUCCGCAUUUUCCUCUUCUUGCUUUCCUAUAUCAACCUUAGGAUUUCGGAAAGACUACACUCCACUAGAUCUUAGCUUUGUAGAUGCCAGUCUCAAUCUUUAGGCCAGCUCACACAAUGUGGAGGUGUGUAUAAUGCAUGCAUCUUGCUUUUGAAGCCUUGACACCUUCAUUUGUAGGAAAUGAAGUAUGUUCUGCUACCAUGAGGACUCCUUUUAAAGUCUGCCUGGAUGUUCAUAAUAGUCCUUCAGCAUCUGGAGUUCAUGAUUUUUUAGCUUAGCUUGCCCUUUACCCAGUAUCCUAUCUGUAAGAAGUUACUCUUCUAUUCUUCAGUUCUUCGAAAAAGCCAAAAAUUCAUAUGAGGACUUGGAAUGAAAUGAGAAUUCAUCCGAAACCUGCUGAAGAGAUCUCUGAGGGGGCAUUUCUUUGUCAAAUUUCUACUUGUUUCUUGCUUGUGUAGAUGAUGUAACAUACUGUGAGUUGAAAGCAGUUUAGUAGGAACACUGUCACUUCAAAUGUUGAAGACAAUUAAUGGUUGUGUGGUCUCAUACCAGUCCUAAUAUGUUAGCCAUCUCUACGUUUCUCAUAUCAUAAUGGCUUAUAAUUUUUGGGAGA